AUGGCCCGUGACAGCACACUGCCCACGCUUGAUAACGCGAGGUUAUUAGCGAUGGGCCACAAGAAGGAACUUCCCCCUUUAGACGUCUAUCUACUACGAGCAAUCCACGAGAACAAGCAGAAUGACGGUACAAGAUACUACAAACCGUUCCCCGGUGACAGCGAUACCAAAGUGCAAGUAUUGGACGCAGUCAAGUUCUCUAAAAAAUUCGGAGAGGCCUCGUUUUUCAUCUGUCCGACCGCUGCUGACGACUGUCUGGACCUCGCACGAGCUUCUGGCGGUGUUGUCGUCACAGCGGACGCGUAUCCGAUGAACGAAGUUGUAUCUUCACAUUCGGAGGGGGUGACGUUCCCCACGCAGCAGUCGGCUCUGCAUCAGACUGAGCGUCGUAGUCUGGUGUCAGACGAUUAUUUGUUGUUGCCCCCACCGCCAGCGAACUACCGCAGCUCGGAUCUCUGCUCUGCCGUGUUGAAGAUAUCGUCGUUGUCGCUUAGUGAACGCAAGAACAUAGGAGUGCAGACGCGUCGUCGCUUCCAUGAGGACGCAAAGUAUUUUAUGCUGAGUAUGAUGGAGCUCCAAGCAUUUGCACACCAUACACGCAGACUUCAAGAUGGACAGCAAGAGGAAGAGCUGGUGCAGAGCCUUCGUCACCGUUAAGAUUAAGAGAUAUGAGUCAAUCAAGUGUAUUUCGAUUUAGUGAUAUUUCAUUUAGUGCAUCCUCUAAAGAGAACC